ACGGUCGGAGUUAAAUUGCAGGAGCGGCUAAGAGACGCGCGCGUUUAUGUUCUCGAGCUCCGAACAAACGGACCAGGAUAUACCAGACUAGAACUGGAGCCGAGAGUCAAAACCGCCGUCGCAGAUCAAAGAUAAGCUAGCUGGCAAUCGGACACGAAAAAUUUCAUAUUACAAAUCCAAGAAACAGAAAGAAAAAGUAAAAGAAAAAGAAAAAAGAAAAAAAAAAACCAAAAACCAGCAUCCGGCCGCUUGAUAUAAUCCGACGAGAAUCGAACCAGAGAUAUUAUAAGUUUACAAAUAUCAUCGCCCGCAUGAUCAUUUUUGCACCUGGGGAACGACGACCGGUGAAUUUUCCGUGAGACAUACCACCACACGUUACGCAGUGAGGAGAAAAUCGCAAAUUGUUCAAUCGAACGAGCUCGGAUCAUCGGCACGUUUCUUCGACUUUAUCUAUACGUUAUCGAGAAGGACGACUUCGGAUCCCGGGGUGACGGAUAAUAACUCGAAUAAAAUAAUAAAACGAUAAUAAUGGUUCGGGUUUUGUGUACCAGCCUGGCACUCGGCCUCGCCCUGACAGCCUGCGCCGCUUUUCCAAGAGCCGUGAUGGCCAUAGAUCUCAGCCGACUUUACGGACAUCUCAGCGCCAAGAGAACAGGGGGAGCUUGUCAUCCGUACGAGCCCUUCAAGUGCCCGGAAGAUGGUCACUGCAUCUCGAUACAAUAUCUCUGCGACGGUGCUCCGGAUUGUCACGACGGUUACGACGAAGAUUCGCGCUUGUGCACCGCAGCAAAAAGGCCACCUGUUGAGGAAACCGCUAGCUUUUUGCAAUCUCUACUCGCGAGUCACGGGCCAAAUUAUCUCGAAAAAUUAUUCGGCAGCAAAGCUCGAGACGCCCUUGAGCCGCUCGGAGGUGUCCAGAAGGUAGCGAUCGCUCUUUCCGAAUCUCAGACGAUCGAAGAUUUUGGCGCCGCCCUGCACCUGAUGCGUUCUGACCUCGAGCAUUUGAGGUCAGUUUUUAUGGCGGUAGAAAACGGUGAUAUGGGAAUGCUGAAAUCUCUCGGUAUUAAGGACUCCGAACUUGGCGACGUUAAAUUUUUUCUCGAAAAACUCGUCAAUACCGGUUUUCUCGACUGAAUCUCCCGCACCUUCUGCUCGCAUCAGUUGAAUUAGAAAAGCGAAAAUUUGAUUAAUUUACUUCACCGAUAACUCAUCAUCGCCGAGAAUAUAUAUAUAUAUCCAUACACAUGCGGUAUGUAUUUUUACGUACAAAAAAUUUUCAACUAUCGUUGUGCACCUUCAAGGGCGAUGACGUCACUUCUGAAAAACCCCUUGGUUUAUUGAGUUUAUCGAUAACGGUGCAUAUCGUAUAAUUAUUCGAUUUAUCUGAUUUUAUUUAUCGAAUUAAUCGACAGUAAUCGCGUAUGUUACAAUAUUUAAUUGAGUUUAUCGAUGGUAAUCGCGUGCGUUGUGUAAUAUCUGAUCGAAAAAUUUACCAAAAUAGCCAAUUGAAAAAUCAGAUUAUUAGGAGACUUCAGCACCACUUAUAAAAUCGUAACAUCUCUAAAAACAAUAAAUCAGCCUGUUUGAUCGAUCGGUUCGAUUUAUUUUACUGAUAAUGAUUUCAAUUCAACUUUGUCCCAAUUAGAUAUGAAACGAGAUCAAAAACAACGCGCUGUACACAUCUAUAAAAUUUAAUCAUGGCAGCUAGUGAUUCGUGCCAUAAUCGUAUAUAUAUAAAUAUAUAU